AUGAGACUAAAUACGAAGCAUAAGGUUGGACUGGGAGCGAUGCUCGUUGUGGCUCUGGUAGGACUUACGCUGGGUCUCGUUUUGGGACUGGAUGGUACCAGCGCACAGCAAGAACGCUCCUUCUCCAUCGACUAUGAGCGGGACACGUUCGUGAUGGACGGUAAAGAUUUUCGGUAUGUGGCCGGAUCGUUUCAUUAUUUUCGGGCUCUGCCCGAGACCUGGCGCACCAAGCUGAGAACGUUGCGAGCUGGGGGGCUAAAUGCGGUGGAUCUGUACGUGCAGUGGUCGUUGCACAAUCCGAAGGAGAACGUUUACCGGUGGGACGGAAUCGCUAACAUUGCCGACGUGAUAGAGGCUGCGGUGGAAGAAGAUCUCUACGUUAUACUGAGACCUGGUCCGUACAUUUGUGCCGAAAUUGAUAAUGGUGGAUUACCGUACUGGCUCUUUACGAAAUAUCCUGGUAUUCAACUGCGAACCAGUGACGCCAAUUAUUUAAAAGAAGUUCAGAUAUGGUAUGAAAAGCUUAUGUCUCAACUAACAAAGUACAUGUACGGCAAUGGUGGGCCCAUUAUAAUGGUUCAGAUAGAAAAUGAGUACGGCGCAUUCGGAAAAUGUGAUAAAAUUUAUUUAAAUUUUCUGAAGGAAGAGACGGAGAAAUACACGGAAGGUAAAGCCGUUCUGUUUACAGUCGACAGACCAUACGGUGACGAGUUCGAGUGCGGACAGAUUCCGGGUGUUUUCAUCACCACCGACUUCGGGCUGAUGACAGACGAUGAAGUUGACACCCAUAAAGCUAAACUGCGGUCAAUUCAACCGAAGGGACCACUAGUGAACACCGAAUUCUACACUGGAUGGCUAACGCAUUGGCAAGAGCCAAACCAGCGGCGUCCAGCGGGCCCAUUGGCAAAUACUCUGCGUAAAAUGCUUCGCGAUGGUUGGAAUGUCGAUUUUUACAUGUAUUUUGGAGGAACUAAUUUCGGAUUCUGGGCCGGAGCAAACGAUUGGGGUCUAGGUAAGUACAUGGCCGACAUAACGUCCUACGAUUACGAUGCUCCCAUGGAUGAAGCUGGUGAUCCCACAAUGAAAUAUACCGUGUUUAGGGAUAUUAUUGGCGAGUUCAUUGAUCUACCGGUGGCAACCGUUCCUGAUAGAGCCCCAAAAAUGACUCACGAGCCCGUUAGUAUGACCCACGUGGAUCGAAUAUUCACCACCAACGGAAGAGCUAUGUUAGGAUCCGAACCCAAACUGUCCAACCGCUUGCUAACGUUUGAAGAAUUAAACCAGAAUUCAGGUUUCGUUCUAUACGAAACUUCUCUACCGAAACUUACUCGUGAUCCAAGUCAAUUGACAAUACAAGGGUUGAGAGAUAGGGCGCAGAUUUAUGUGGAUGAGUUCUUCGUUGGAACCCUCUCUAGAGAAAAUGCCAUCAACACACUACCAAUAUCAGCCGGGUGGGGUAACAAAUUGUCGAUAUUCGUCGAAAAUCAAGGUCGAAUCAACUUCGACGUCUUGGAUGACUACAAGGGAAUUCUUGGAAAUGUGACUAUUCAAACCUACGAGGAGCCAUAUGAAAAAGAAUUGUCUGAAUGGACAACUAGCAGCUACUCUUUCGAGGAUGUCGCAGCGCUAAAGCAACUGAUCGACACUACGACCGACGGUCUUGGAGUCAAUAACAGGGGAAUUUGUAUUCAAGGUCCGGUAGUGUUUAAGGGAGAGCUGAAUAUCAACACGAGUGAAAUUUACGACACCUACAUCGAUAUGAGCGGAUGGGGGAAGGGUUUUCUGUUUGUUAAUGGAUUCAAUCUGGGACGAUACUGGCCGGUGGCUGGACCACAGAUUACACUCUAUCUACCGAAAGAACUGCUGCGGGAAGGCUCGAACGAAUUGAUAUUGGUGGAAUUGCAGCGAGCUCCGAGCGAUAGAUUGAUUCACUUUUCCGAACGUGCCAUACUCGAUGAAGCCUAA